AUGCAGUCAGCAAUCUAUCUCAACAACAGAGCCUCCUCUCUAAUCGAGAAGGAUUGCUUCGAAAAAGCCAUUGAAACGUUGAACCAAGCUCUGAAUGCCGUUCAAAAGCUUCAAAAAGACGAAUCGUCGUCGUUGUCAUCAUCAUCAUCAUCAUCCUUUGAGAAUUCACCAAAGUUCUCAAGGCGACCAAACGGAAAGUAUCUGUCAACAUCAAACAAGAGACGCAAAGAACUGGAUGAUCUAGCGGUCUUUAUGUACUCUCGACCAGUAUACGUGUCGCAUCUUCCGCAGACAGAAGGAAAAACAUUCUUAUCCUGGGUCAUCAUUUUCAACUUUGCCUUGUGCCAUCACCUCAUGGCACUCCGAGCAGCGGACCACAAGGACAAGCACGAAAACCUGCUUGAAGCUCUGAAACUGUACGAAGCACUAGUUGCCUUGCCAAUGGAAGACACGUUUCAAAUCGAGACCACUUAUUUCAUGGCCAUGAUCAACAAUUCGGCACAGAUUUACCAAAUGUUGCAUCGACCAAGACAAGCCAAGCAACACGCGGAUCAAAUGCUCUCCCUACUCAUGGUCACGAUUCAGGAAGGGGAAGCUGACACAGUGGACGAGUUUGACGGCUUUUUGCUGAAUGCCACACGAAGAUCUCUUGCGGUAGCGGCAUGA